AAGUAGGAACUGGUAAUAUUGUGUACAGUCAGUGGAGAAAGAAUUGAAUGUUAUUUAUGUUUGUGAGAAAAGAACGCCUUGGUCUGUAGUACAAAAAUCAAACAAGAGCAUUUUGAAACUGGAACGGCGAAGCUUUGUCUGGGCUUCAGCGGAAAUCAGGGCCGAGCUGAAGAGACCGUGGGGCCGGUGAUCCAGUGAGAGAAAGUGUCUGACGGACGAAGGGGAAACUCUGCCUGCAGAAUGCCUCUGUUCUUCAGGAGGAGAAAACCAAGUGAGGACUCCAGGAAGCGGCUGGAGUAUCAGCUCUGCCUGUCUAAAGAGGCAGGUGCCGAUGACAUUUUGGACAUUUCGGCCUGUGAGCUCACAGAGGUUCCAUCCAGUGCCUUCUCUAUCUGUAAGGUUCUUCAGAAGAAGGUGUUUAUUGUCCAUGGAAACGAGCUGAAAACACUUGUGCCUAAAGGUUGCUGCAUCAGUGCCUUGGCAACGCUAAAGGUACUGGAUCUUCAUGAGAAUAAGCUUACCUCACUGCCUGCUGACAUUGGGCAGCUAUCUUUACUGCAGGUGCUGAAUGUGGAGAAGAACCACCUGAAAGCUCUCCCCGAAUCCCUCGGAGAUCUCCGGCAUUUACAGACACUCAAUGUGAAAAGUAACUGCCUCAGUGAGCUCCCUGCGACAAUGGGCAGAAUGAGUAGCCUACGCACACUGGACCUGAGUGAGAACAGCAUCAGAGAACUGCCCACCGCCUUGGCCAAUGUUCGCACGCUGGAGAGUUUGACCCUGGACGCUGCCCAGAUGACCUUUCCCCCUGCCACUGUGUGUGCAGCUGGCACCGAAGACGUCCAACGAUUCCUCUGCUCAGAGCUGGGUCUGGAGUACUGCCCUCCUUCCCAGUACCUGCUGCCUGUGCUGGAGUGUGACGGUGGGACGGCCAGUGAGGACGGCGUGGAUGGGCUGGACGUGGCUUGGCAGAGUAAAUUCCUGGACUAUGAGAAAAGAAAGGAGCAGAAAAAGCUGGAGAAGUUAACGUUUGAGCGAGAUCUGGAUGAGAAACAGAGAGAACACACUCAACUCUUCCUGCAAAACAACUCUCGCAAGGAGAGCGUGCUACUGUCCGUCAAGCAGGAGCAGGAGCGUCUGGAGAAGGGGUUGUCCCAGCAGCAGAGAGCACAGGAGGCCGAGAGACGGAAAAUUCUGGCAAAAGUUCGGCAGGCGGAGACAAACAUCACGGGCCGAAUCACCGACCUCCUCAUGGACAGCAAGAGACAGGAGAAGAGUGCUGCUUUCCUUCAGGCUCUGGAAGCAGAUCGGAUCCGUAUGGAGCAGCUGACAGCGAUCACACAGGAAGAGGCUGAUUGCUUAAGGAAGAAAGAAGUAGCCAUGGCCAUGCAGAAGAUGCUGUCGGAGAGUUGCUCGGUGCGUUUGCUGCAGGAGGCGAGUGACUCCAGACGGGAGAGCAUGUUGUCAGAGGCCUGCAGGAGUCUGGAAACAAUGGACAGGAAGUUUGAGCAAGUGCUACUGCUUCAGCAGCUGGACAAAACAAAAGCCAUCAGCCAAAUCCUUCAAGAGGAGGAAAUGCAGAAGGCCGCGUUUGAAGCUCUUCAGCUCCAGAGAGACAGUGUUCAUGGUUAUAUCCGCACUCAGAUUAAGCUUAUAGAGGCUGAGUUAAUGCAGCUCACAAGGUUGGAGGUAAAGAGGAGAAAUCUGGAUGCUGAGAACCUGCAGGAGGUGUUGUCAGACCAGAGGGUGGCACUGACGGAUCUGCUGCAGCAGAUGUUGAAGCAGAAAGAUCAGAGGGAGGCGGAGCUACAUCAGGUCCUGGCGGAGAUGGAGCUGAAGAGUGCGUCCAAUCAGGAGAAUUACUGGAUGAUUCAGUAUCAGAGACUCCUGGAUGCUAAGCCUCUGUCUCUCCGCAUGCAGGAGGCUGGUGUUGAGACAGAGCUGGUCAGUCUGUUGUGUAAGCUUUCUGCUCAGCACUAUCUGCCAAUCAUGGCUCAUCACCGAAUCACAGCUGAGGACCUUCGUCACAUGACUGACAAAGACCUGAGGAAGAUUGGCAUCAGUGAGGUUGGUGUACAGAGGGCUUUGCUCAGCUGGGCUCGAGAAGAUGCCCCCUCCACACCACCUGGAGGUUCUCCAAAGAUGAUGCCAGAGGAGGAAGAAGCCCCUCCGCCCAUCCCCAGUGCUCCUGUCCAACAGCUGACCCCUCCCCUGACCCCCAGCGCCCCUCUGACCCCGUCUGCCACCAGCCCAGUGGAGGGGCCUGGCAGCUCUGAGUGUGUGGUGUGCAUGGAGACUCAGUCCCAGGUGAUCUUCCUGGCCUGCGGACAUGUGUGCUGUUGUCAGACCUGUAGUGAUGCCCUGCAGACCUGCCCACUGUGCCGCGCCCACAUCUCACAGCGUAUCAGACUCUACCACACAUGAGGCCCCGCCUCCUCACACGUCCCUGCGCUCCUUCACUCACUCCUCUCUUGGUACAUGAAGCCUGGUGCCCUGACUCCUCUAGCCUGCAAAAUAGUCCCAAAACAGUAAAACAUGUUCAAAUAAAUCUAACCAAACCCAUCUACAAAAUCGAAGCCCUACGGCCAGUCAAGCAGAAGAAGCUGAAGAUGGAAAUCAGCAGCAAAGACUUUAAAAGGGUUCUCGUGCAUGGUCCCCACACUGCUUCCAUAAGGGGCUUCAACUGGUCCCAGUUAAAGAGCUAGGGUUUCACAGGAAUCGCACGCAGUUGGCAGGGUGUGUGUGUGUGUGUGUGUUCCGUGUGCGAUGAUGAGGGAAUUUUGAGCCGACUGCAGUCACAGUGUGGACAUCUCUUUUAUGCACUUUUCCGUAUGUGUGUCAUGUUCCAACAGCUGGCCCCAGUUGUUUAUCACUCCUCACGAUUUUACGACACAUCUGUGCAAUUUUAGUUCAUGUGCCUUUCCCGAAAGAGCCUCUUUUUUUCUCUAAUCACUUCCUGUCAAAUACUGCCUUCCAACCAAUGAAAAGUCCCAGUUUAAAAGAGAGGGACAAACCCUCAGCUGUUCUCUUUCUCUAUCUUUGUAUCCAACUGUAAUGCCCACAUAAGACACGAGAAGCUACCUGUCCUCUCUCUCUCCCUCUCUCUCUCGCUCUCUCGCUCUCUCUCUCUUUCUCUAAGUGCUCUUAAUCAAGCUUAUUACUAAGCAUGCUCAGAAUUAUAUGACUAUUAUAUCAAACUAUAUACUCUCAUAUUUAAAAAUUGUUCUAGUGUUCAGUAAUAUUGUAAAUUACCCAAAGAGCAGCAUAUACUAACAAGCUGACUGUGACUCACUAACUGUACGGGUUGCUGGGCUGUUCUCUGUACAGCCAUAGUGAAUGGUCAGUAACAGCUGUGAAUCUUUCUCCCUGUGGCAUGUCUGUAGCCUGGCACUCAUUAAUCAUAAACUGUUACUGGACUGUGUUUAACCUCAACAGAGCUUGUCUGUGUGCUGUUGUUGUUGUUGUUGUUGUUGUGUGUGUGUGUGAUCUGUAAUCACGGUUUAUGUAAAAGUAAACGAUAUUAACGACGGCUUUUACCAGCUGCAUGCUCUAUCUAGCUCUUCAACCACAGGUUCAAAGGUCAAAUCGACCUAAACACACACACGCGCUCUUUUCCUCUCGUCUGUCUCAGUGGUUGGUCCUGAACCCCGUCAGUGUGCCUGUUUUUGUCAGGUCUUCUUUUUUAAGCCUCUCUGUGUGUAAUGUCAUUUUUAAUGUUUUUUUUUAACAGCUCCGUGCACAUACCACAGAUGGACACGGUUCUAUGACCCGCUGCUCACGUAGCCCCUGUGUUUUAUCAACACGUGUGGAGAUUGUCAUAUUAAAUCACUGUUAUGUUAGUUAUGCAGUG